AUGUUGUUACCUCUUGUUGUGUGGGGUUUUAGUCACGGAACAGGAGUGCUUUCGGGAACACUAGCUAGCCAAUGCCGACGCUACUUAGAUGCAGGGUUUAGGUUGAUCGUUCCCGAUCUCCCCUCUCAUGGCUUUUCGUCUGGGCUGCAUGUGUAUCAAAAGAACAUGGCUGGAUCUUGUUCUGGACUUAAUGCGGUACUACACGAUGUUGCAGCGAGGGAUCAGGCUGAAUCAGCGUUUCCGGGUGUAAGACCGUCAAAGUUGGAACGAAGACAAACUUUUAUGCUUGGGUUAUCGUUCGGUGGGCUCGUAGCCUUCUCCUAUGCCCUCCAGUGCCCCGCUUCUUACCGGUACGACACUUCCGACACCGAGGAAGUCCCAAUCGAUGGUUUGGUCGGAAUCGGAUCAAUGGUCGCAUACAACACUCGAUUCGUCGUUGUCGGAACCCUCCUCCGCUGGCUUCUUACUGUUAUGCUUUUCAUCUUCCGUCUUGGUAGGCUGGAAGUGAUCGUCCCACACAGAAAGGCAGUUGACAAGGACCCCAAGGUUUACGAAUCGCUCAUUAUGCAAGAUCCCCGUUCGCACCAAGGCUCCUUCCGAAUCGGUCACUUACACUGCAUCGUCACCGCCAUGCAAGAUUUAUGCGAUAGAGCCGAAGAAAUUAGGCAUCCGAUAUACAUUCAAAUGGGCGGCGAGGACCGAGUAGCCGAUAACGGAGCCAAGAAUCAGCAUGAUGAUUUGGCAGGAAGGAUCAGCGUUAUUGCUGAUAAUGUCGAGUGGAUGAUGGAACGAUCACCCCCAACUUACACUGGGAGGGUCGUGCAGAGACGGCAGUUGAAGUUAGCGUCUUAUUCGAGCGAGGGAAGUACGACUAGCAGAAGUACUAGUAGAACUUCUCUCUUCGAUGACGAGGAGGAGGGGGAUGAUUCGGCUAGUGCAGCUACUACAGUGCCGACUACGCCGAGUUUGGCCGACCAAGAGGCUUCCAUGCAGGACAAGCUGGAAGGUUUUAGCGGAGAGGGUCAUUUGUUGCCGGAACACCUUUGUGGCUGGAGGGAGAAUGGAGAAGGUGAGAAGAGACUGUAUAGGAUGACUUGGAACUUUAGAGAGGAUACUAGACCUUUUAUUUACGAUGCUCAUGCUGCGCUCUCGCCGAUCCCGGCUUCAUAG